AGCUACCUAUGGAAAGGUGUGCAGCAUCGGCUGAAUGGCUCAUAGUACUGUGUACGCCCGCCCUGACGACGCAUACCUUCGCGGCAUUGAUUCUGCUGCACCUCCAGCCUGGGGUCCGCUGGCCGCAGGUGUCUCAUUUGUUGGCAGAGGUCAGGGCAGAGUGGGUUCCCGGACCCCGGAAAGUCAAAAAGAUACCUCUCCGACGCUCACCGAGGAUGCACCCGAGGGGCAGUGCCACAAUGUGACAUUACUUUGCUGAGAUGGGCAGACUUUCACAUUCG